AUGAGAUUCUUAGUUGUAUUACUUAUAGCUUCCUUGUUCGUAGACAAAGCUGAUUCGGAAUUGUCUUUCAUUUCAAGGCAUAACUUGUAUCCAUGUGCUUCAUAUUCGCUUAGAGUUCGCUCCAAGAAAUAUAGCCAUCCCUACCCCCUCACGUCAAUCCCACGAGCCUCUUAUCCAUUCUCAUUCGAUCACGACGGGGGGGGGAGCAAGUCAAACUAG